GGUUCCGGCGCGGUGGAGGCCCCAGGAGCUGAAGCAGUCGCCAGCACCAUGUCCCGGUUGUCUGACCCUCGUGUUCCCCGCGGUCCCGGCCCGCUGGCAUUGCUGCUCCUGCUCCUGGUCGGCCCCAGCUCGGUCCUCACCAUCUCUUUCCACCUGCCCGUCAACUCCCGCAAGUGCCUUCGAGAAGAGAUCCACAAGGACCUGUUAGUGACGGGCGAGUACGAGAUCUCCGACCAGUCGGGGGGUGCCGGCGGCCUGCGGACCCACCUCAAGAUUACAGAUUCAGCUGGCCACAUCCUGUAUUCUAAGGAAGAUGCAACCAAGGGGAAAUUUGCCUUCACCACUGAGGAUUAUGAUAUGUUUGAGGCAUGUUUUGAGAGCAAGGGAACUGGGCGGACACCUGACCAGCUCGUGAUCCUGGACAUGAAGCAUGGGGUAGAAGCAAAAAAUUAUGAGGAGAUCGCAAAAGUGGAGAAGCUAAAACCUCUGGAAGUUGAGCUGCGACGCCUGGAGGACCUUUCAGAAUCCAUUGUCAAUGAUUUUGCUUACAUGAAGAAGCGAGAAGAAGAGAUGCGGGAUACUAAUGAGUCAACAAAUACCCGGGUUCUGUACUUCAGCAUCUUUUCCAUGUUUUGCCUUAUUGGAUUGGCCACCUGGCAAGUUUUCUAUCUUCGACGUUUCUUCAAGGCCAAGAAGCUGAUUGAAUAAUGAAGCAAUUCUUUCCCACCCUGUCUUGCAGCCAGGAGGACACCACUGGGACAUACCUGGCCUGAGCCACACCACAGACAGCACAUUCUAUCUGCUGACCCUGGAGUUUUCUUGUCAGAACUGGCCUCAUUUCGGGUGGGAGGAAUGGGGAACCACCUAGACUCCACAUAGGCCAAUGAGGGAGACUCUUUUUAACUUGCUGGGUAUUGGGGGGGGGUUGGGCUGGUUUUGCAACAAUGGGACUAUCAUUAAGGCCACCUAUGAUAAGAAAUGGAUUUUGUAAAUGCUGAAACCCAGCAUUGCCAUUGGGUUUCCUCAAAAUGAUCUGUUUGAACCAUAUGACUUCUUUCCUUUUCCUACCUACCUGUUGGCUUGGACUUCUACUCUAGUUCUGUCAUCAAGAUUUGUAUGACCAUAUUGACUUGGCUAUAGAUUUGCUGUGUUCUGAUUGUCUUGUUUGUUUUUUUUCCCCCUUAUGGUUACUAUAGCAGUAUAGCCAUUAUAUUUUAGCUGGAAUUGAAUUUGGGUGGGUGGCUUCUAGUGAUAUAAAAAUCCAAGAACCAAAGGAAAGAUAGAAGAUAAGAUUCCUGAUAGAGCUAAAACUUGGAACUGUAGUUCCAUAGAAAAUUCAGAACUGGGGAUAAAAAUAAACUUUAUGCACUUAGACUCUUAGAUUUCUUAAUGUAACCUACAAAAGUAAAAUUGAAUAACUUUCCUUACUUUAGCUCUUUAUAUUUAUUUCCUAUAUUUUUAUGCUAUGUUUAGGAAUUUAGUUCAGUAAGGUAUAUAUUUGUACAAUUGGGAGCAUCAUGAAUAAAAUAGGUGCCGGAAAUACAUGGAGUGAAUUCAGGGCCAAGAAUCAGUGUGGGAUUAAAGAUUGAGUAGAGGCCAUCGCCAGGUAUGUUUAUGUAUUUACAUAUAAGAGAGGAUGCAGUGACCAUGUUCAUGUAGUUAUGAAAAAUAGAUAUUUAUUUUGAAAUGGAUUUCUCAGUUGAUCCAGAGGUAGGAAGAAACUACUCCUUUAUAUAAUCUCUUCUGGAGCUUGCUCAGAGUUAUACACACACCAGCCAUUUUUAAAUAAUUGAAACUUUUGAAGAUUCGUUGCUCAUUUGUAUGCUUAUUUUGUUUUGGCAACCCAACUUCUAAUUAAAGUUUCUUAAGCAGCAACUGAAAGAACUGCCCUUAGCCAUGUGAUUCAUUCUCUUUAGUACAGAGAGUAAUGUAUAGGAAAGAGUCGACAGGAGAGCCUGAUGUGAUGCCUUGGAAGAUAAAGGGGAAAGAUUUAGUAAUAGGAUGGAGACCUACUUAAAAGAAUGGAGGAACUAAGCAAAGUUCCAACUGAAGAGAGUGACAACUAUUGAAGCUUUUUCCCCCCAUUUGUGCGAACUGCCCCUUUCAGAUUGACUUAGAGAAUUAGUGCAGUAUUGCCAUCUGCUGGUAGAAGCUAUGAGUUCCUACUCCUGAGAAUCUAGCAGUGGUAAAACCAGUCUUAGUGUAGCAAAAAUCCACAGUUAACAGUAGUCAUUGAGAGAACCAUCUACAAUUUUGCACGUGAGGCUUUUAAGGUGAAGUGUCAGGGUGUACAAAAAGGAAGAGAAAAUAAAUGUGUGUCAGAGGCACCUUCUACAGAUGCAGAUGUUUCAAGGUGAAGUGCCAACAUGGGCCAUCGGGGCUCCCUCCUGAGUCAAAGUCUGUGACAAGCUACUCGCUACCAUUCUCUCAUUACAACAUUCUUUUUCCUUGGCUUAACCGUGGUAGUCACUGAGGUAAUUAUGAUAUCAGUUGACAGAAUGUCUUUCUUUGAAUUUGUAAUCCAGGCAGAAAGAGAAGCUCUUCAUUUUAUCAAUUCUCGCUAUAUCUAUUACUUUAGAACCUCAACUUGAGUUUUGUGUAGUUUGAAAUCUGUUUCAUGUUUGUCCCCUUUUUAAACCAUGCUGGAACUUUCUCCAGAGCCCUCUGCUUUAUUCUAAAGCUAAUUGAUAGUCUGCUUGCUUUUAUCUAAAAAUAAUUAAUUGCUUUGAAAGACUGGUGCUAGAGUAAGUCUGCUUAGAAAAUAAGAGUAUUCUGAGUUCUCUGCUUUCUCUUUCUCUUUCUCUCGUGAGUAUAUUAUUCAAAAUGACCUCUAUAAUGUAAAUGAGGUGGUAAAGUUUACAGUAAGCUUUACUGGUACCGUGGUCAUAAAUUAAAUGCAAUUCUUGUCAUAAAGCUGUUUUCACACAACUUGUUUUAUAGGAAAGAAGCAUGUGGGAUUUAUACAGAUUUACCUGUAAGUAUUGGAUUGGGUAUUUUUGUGUAAAUUUUCUGAAAUAAAGUUUAGGGUAAACCA